AUGCCAAUAAACCAACCCUCCAACCAAAUCAAACUCACAAACGUCUCCCUGGUGCGGCUAAAGAAAGCCAAAAAGCGCUUCGAAAUCGCCUGCUACAAGAACAAAGUCCUAGAGUGGCGCUCCGGAAUCGAGACCGACCUGGACAACGUUCUGCAAAUCGACAAUGUCUUCCUCAAUGUCUCGAAAGGUCAGACGGCUCCCUCAGCAGAUUUGCAAAAAGCCUUUGGUGCAAAGACCCCCGUGAAGGAUAUCAUCCUCGAGAUUCUGAAUAAGGGAGAGUUACAGGUGGGAGAAAAGGAGAGAGCAGCCCAGUUGGAGAGAGUUCAUAAUGAGAUUGUCGAUAUUGUGGCAAGUAAGCUGGUCGAUCCAAGGACGAAAAGAGUUUAUACGACGGGUAUGAUUGAGAAGGCUCUGGAGAUGUUGAGUUCGCAAGGGUCUCAGGCACAACAAGAGAAGAAGGCUGCCGCUGCUGCGGGAGAUGCUGCUGCUAUACCAGCCGCAGAAGAAGGGGAGGCGAAGCCAAAGGUUAAGGAAUAUACUUGGACGGGUGUUUCUGCAACAAAGAGCGCGAAAAGUCAGGCUCUGGAUGCCAUGAAGGCACUCAUCAUCCAUCAACCCAUUCCGGUUGCCAGAGCUCGCAUGAGGUUACGAAUUACCUGUCCAACGAGUAUCCUCAAGCAUUCCACGAAAUCGGCACCAAAAGCUGCUGCUGAUGCCGAGAAUGGCGAGGAGAAAACCAAGGAGACCGUCAAAGACCAUAUUUUAAGCUUCAUUGAGCAAGUCGAGCAUCAGGACGUCGUUGGCUCCGAGUGGGAGGUGACGGGAUUUGUAGAGCCAGGUGCUUUCAAGGGCUUGGGGGACUUUGUUGGUAGUGAGACUAAAGGUCAGGGUAGAGUUGAGGUUUUAGAGAUGGCCAUCAUUCAAGAGGAUUGA